AGGUGGGGCCUGGCCGAGCCUUGAUUGGUCGGGGUGCGCGUGGUGGCGGAACCCGGUUCAGGUGAGAGCUGCUGAGAGCCCAGGUGCCGAUCAACUCCGCUGCAGGGCGUGGAAGAUGAAGAAGGUGGUUUUGAUCACCGGGGCGAGCAGUGGCAUUGGUCUAGCCCUUUGCAGUCGGCUGCUGGCGGAAGACGAUGACCUUCACCUGUGUUUGGCGUGUAGGAACCUGAGCAAAGCAAGAGGCGUUCGAGAGACCCUGCUGGCCUCUCACCCCUCCGCAGAGGUCAGCAUCGUGCAGAUGGAUGUCAGCAGCCUGCAAUCGGUGAUCCGGGGUGCAGAGGAAGUCAAGCAAAGGUUUCAAAGAUUAGACUACUUAUAUCUGAACGCUGGAGUCAUGCCUAAUCCCCAGCUGAACCUCAAAGCGUUUCUCUGCAGUAUCUUUUCAAGAAAUGUGAUUCAUGUGUUCUCCACAGCGGAAGGACUUUUGACCCAGAAUGAUAAGGUCACUGCUGAUGGCUUCCAGGAAGUGUUUGAAACCAAUCUCUUUGGCCACUUUAUCCUGAUUCGGGAACUGGAACCGCUUCUCUGCCACGGGGACAGCCCCUCUCAGGUCAUCUGGACAUCUUCUCGCAAUGCAAAGAAGGAUAACUUCAGCAUGGAGGACAUCCAGCACACCAAAGGCCACGAACCCUACAGCUCUUCCAAAUAUGCUGCCGACCUCCUGAAUGUGGCUUUGAACCGGAAUUUCAACCAGAAGGGUCUGUAUUCCAGUGUGACAUGCCCAGGUCUCGUAAUGACCAAUAUGACGUAUGGAAUUCUGCCUCCCUUUAUCUGGAAGUUACUUCUACCGGUGAUGUGGCUCCUUCGCUUUUUUGCGAAUGCGUUCACUAUGACACCGUACAAUGGAGCAGAGGCACUGGUGUGGCUUUUCCACCAAAAACCGGAGUCUCUCAAUCCUCUGACCAAGUACCUGAGCGCCACCACGGGAUUCGGGACUAAUUAUGUCGAGAGCCAAAAGAUGGACAUAGAUGAAGACACUGCUGAAAAAUUCUACGAGUCCUUACUGGAGCUGGAAAAGGGUGUCAGGAUCACCAUUCAGAAAUCAGAUCACCCCAGCUGAUGGCGACAUUUCCCGGAACAUCCCGUCCGUACCUCAGUAUGCUCUGGCGCACGUGACUUUCUAUCGUGCUGGGUGAAACAUGUUUGUAGUAAACCAUAAGCCACGAUGAUGUCUCCUCCUACCUUUCAGAAUGACCUCCAAGACUGUGUGUGUGCACAUGUGUGCAGGCGUGUGCACACACAUGUGAGCAAGGAGUGACAAAGUAGAGGGACAAACUAAAUACCCUCCCGAGCAGUGUCCUGUUGGAGCUGCUCACGGCUUCCUGCAGAGCAUCCUCCUAUAGCUUUCUGCCACCUGGAGCCCAGUAGUUUUGACUUGUGUGAUGGGGACACAGUACAGCCUGCACCUUCUUUUAGUCUCAGCAGGGAGGGGCAGUGCCACUGGGUAGGACUUCUACUUCUUUGUCUUUUCUCCAUGAUCCCCCCCCCCCUUUUUUUAAAAAAUUCUCUUUACGUUCUCCUUCAUAUGCUGCUUCAGAUAACCUUAUUCAUUGUCCAUCCACGUGACCCCAUAUGACCAUCCACGCAGUCAUUUUCAAGAGCAAAGUAUGAAGGUGUUUGGGCCACAAGCAUUAUUUCUGGUCUUUAAUUAACAUCUGCAGAUGUAUUCAUUAUGAACGGCUUAUUGUCGUGAUCAUAUUUCACUGGGAUUAAACUUAUAGCAAAAAAUUAUUUCUUCGUGUUUCAA